AAGGCUUUGUGCCAUGUGCUCGCGGUUAUCAAAGCAUUUUACUUACAAUUACGUUUUUUAGUUAAAUUCAAUAAAAAUGGGCACGAAAAAGGUUAAAAUCAGUUCCGUUAAACGUGCUGCACAUCUGAAGGCAAAGAAAACACCGCUAACAAAACAGCAACAACAAAAGGUAAAGCAAAAGCAGGAACAACUUAGAUCCAAGCGUGAACAGGGCCAGAAUAUAUUUAGCCAGAAGGCGCACAAGCGAGACAACUUAGCUCAACGCAAGAAACGCAAUAAGCAAGCAUCUCUGGGCCAACUAAAUGUGUCCGAUGAUGAUGAAGAUGGAGUCGGCGAUGGGGAUAUGCUGGACAAUGUUGCGGACAUGUUGGAUGGCGAUGAUUUGGCUUUGCUGCAGGAGCGAAAUAAACGAAAGCGGAAAGCGCAACCGGAAGAGCAACAACUGCAGCAACAUUCUGUAGGACUGGAAAUGGAAUAUCGCAGUGCUAGCAAAAAAGAACUGGCAGCGAAGAAAGUCAAAGUCGACCUGUUGCCCAUCAAAUCGCGUGAUGGUGAAAUCAUAACACGAACCACUGAAGUCGACUAUGUGCCUAAGCCAAAGCAGCGUAAAGCGGUCCAGGAUAAGAACGAGGAGGCAGAAGACGAUGACAGUGGAGUCAGCGUUUAUGAAGACAGCGAUGAUGAUGUGGUCAAUGAUGCAGAGGCCGCUGAAUCUGCGCCGAAAGCUAGAAUGAUAUCGACAGCAGAUCUGAUGAUUGCAAGGCAGCAAGAGAUUGAACGUCAGAAGUACCGCAUUGGCAUAAUUUGUUCGGGUAUUUUGGAGAAGCCCGAGGAUAAAAUGCGCAAUCUCAAUGCGCUCUACGAGCUUAUGGACGAAGUGAAUACAACAACUGGUCUUCCCAAUUUGAUAACUGUUCGUAGAUUGGCAAUUAUUUCCGUAACCGAGAUAUUCAAGGACAUUUUGCCCGAAUAUCGCGUGGGACAGGUGGACACCAAAAUGCAAACGGUGCGUAAAGCCACCUUGGAGCGGGUUACCUAUGAGAAUGCCAUGCUGCAGCAGUUUAAGAAAUUUCUACAAAAGCUCGAGUUUCUGACAGCCACCGUGACCAAACGUGGAGGCCAACGCACCCCUAAGGCCAUUAUAAUGGCAGCCGUGGCUGUGGACUCCAUGUGUGAAAUUCUCGCCGCACAUCCGUACUUCAAUUAUGUGCAGAAUAUUGCUCAACUUUUGGUCUAUAUGCUGAACUGUAAUUAUGCUAACAUGCGCGCCUCAGUCCACAAAUGCUUUCGCACACUCUUCUCCACCGACAAGAAAUUGGACAUGAGUCUGUUUGUGGUGCGUCGCAUUAACCAUCUGAUUAAAACGAAAGAAAAUAAUGUGCACUUGGAAUGCAUAACCUGUCUUAUGGGCUUGAAAAUCAAGAAUGUUAACCUGGAUGCAGAAAAGGAGAAUGAGUUGAAGCAAAAGAAGUUGGAAUCGCAUAGGCAGCGUCUGCUGAGUUUGUCCAAAAAAGAACGAAAGCGACGAAAGAAGCUUACCGAGCUCAACAAAGAACUGGAUGAAACGCGGGCUGAGGAAAACAAGCAAACCAAACACCACAAGUUGACGGAAAUUAUUAAAAUGGUAUUCACCAUUUACUUUCGAGUGCUGAAAAAUGAUCCCACGUCUCGGGUACUCAGCGCCAUACUCGAAGGAUUGGCAGAAUUCGCGCAUGUUAUCAAUUUGGAAUUCUUUUCCGAUCUUAUCGAUGUGCUUAACCGCAUUCUUGAGGAGCAAGAGGAGGAGUUGGGAUAUCGAGAGCAGCUGCACUGCAUACAAACAAUUUUUGUCAUACUGUCCGGCCAGGGCGAGGUGCUGAACAUAGAUCCCAUUCGCUUCUAUCAGCAUUUCUAUCGUAACAUGUUGGUCGUGAAUGCGGGCAAGAAUCAUGCGGACUUUAGCAUCAUAUUGCGUACCAUGGAUGAGGUGUUAGUGAAAAGAAGGCGCAACAUGAGCCAACAACGUUUGAUGGCCUUUGUAAAGCGGCUACUGACGGGCAGCUUACAUUUACUUCACCACGGUACUUUGGCCUCGCUGGCCACCAUUAAGCAGACAUUCCAGCUGACAUCAGUGCUGGAUGCUUUGCUCGAUACGGAUGCCAGCUAUGGCUCGGGCCGCUACGAUCCUGAGCUAGAAGAUCCGGAAUACUGCAAUGCCGCGAGUACGUCGCUAUACGAGCUCGCGUUACUAGCUCGCCACUAUCAUCCAACAGUGCGUCGCAUGGCAGCACACAUUGCCAAUGGAGUACCAGCCUCGGGAGAGGGUGCAUUACCCACAGAGAUUGGAAAACUCACUGCACAUGAACUCUUUGAACAGUACGAUAGCACGCAGAUGGUCUUUAAUCCAAGUAUACCGCUGCCCAAUAAAUGCGAACCAAAGUUGAAAAAGGGCAGGCGAAUGUUUAUACGAGAGAAUUUCCGGAAACACUAUCAGCAGGUGCUGCAAAGGGAAGUAGAGGGAAGAUCGUCACAGAAAUUAUUGCAAUUCGAUUUUCUUAGUGAACUAAAUAAACAGACUCUGUAGUCUGCUGUAACGAACGUCUGAAGAAAUACAAUUACUGAUAAUACCAUGAA